AUGCUUUGGUAUUUUGUUGAUAGACAGUACUUUAAGAUAUUAGAAUCUGGAGCAGUUUUGGCAAAUAACCUUAAAAUGGCAUCAAUGAUCUCAAAUGAAAUCAUUUUAUUAGAAAUUCAAGUCAAAAUUACCAAGGUCAAUUUGAAAAAAUAUUGUAAUAUGAGUUCAGCAAGAAUAGGAAAGUUCAAUUCUGCAACUAUAACAUGCUUGAUGAUAUGGAUGCAACUAAGGAACUCAUCACGAACUUUAUUAGUUGCAGCAUGUGAAGAUGAUGGAAUUCCAUCUGUUAAAUGGUGGCAAGCUCACUUUCAGAUUUUAUAG